AUGAUGGCCCGGAUAGCGACACUGACAGCGAGCGGGAAUGCCCCUCCCUCGGUCUCUGCCACGGACUCCGGCUCGUCUUCAGACUCUGACGUCGACUCUCAUGACUCUGACUCUGACGAGAAGGCUAAGAAGGCACCCCCAACUUCAGGGAAAUUGGAGAUGCUUUUGGAUGACGAGGAUGAGACAGGUCCCGCAGUUACCUCAGAAGCCCAAACCAGGACCAAGAACGAGAUACCAGAGACCGAGGCCAAAGUCAUUAUUCCCGACAUCGAGGAAGUCGGUUCUGAUGAGGUGCUCGAGAAGGUGGGCGAGGUAAUGAGCAUCUUUGACAAGGUCGUAAUUGUCAAAGGCUCUGCGUCAGAGUAUACAAACAGGGCAUCAGAAAGAGCUCUUGACUCUGACACAUUACUUGUUUUUGAAGAUAGGAAAGUGCUCGGAUAUAUUUACGAGACAUUCGGACCCACUUCCCAACCCCUUUAUCAGAUAAAAUUCAACGAAAAGUAUCCUCUCAAUCCAGAGAGAGUACAGCUCUCGCGUCCGGUUUUCCACGUACCGCAGCGCAGUAAUUUCGUAUUCGUCGGACAACUUCGCCGCCUUAAAGGCAGUGAUGCGAGCAAUGUUUACGACGAGGAGCCUGCUGAUGAGGAGCUUGACUUCUCCGACGAUGAGGCGGAAGCGGCUCACAAAAGAGCUCUCACGGAGAGACGACGGGGCCAAUCAGUGACGUCUUCGCGGCAUGCUACUCCAACCCCGUCCCAGAUGCGUGACCAGGACAUGGCCGAUGAUUCGUACGGAGCAAAUCCGUACGACACUUCUGGACCGUACAAUGACAUGGACUUCGGUGCAGGGCCAUCAAGACCUGCGCCGAUUCCCUACGACGACCCGUAUUCAGAUAGUUACGGUGUCGAUGACGCGCAAUUACCCUCGGUAGAGGGGGAGUCUCGUUCUCCCGUGACGAGUCGCCGUCGAGAAGACGAUGAUGAUGCCUCUAUCGAUGGCCACAUCAAUGACCGUGGUCGUGGUCGUGGUCGUAAUCGAUAUCCCCCAGGCAGAGAUGGUGGCGGCAGGCGCGACGACCGUGGACGCGGCAGAGGCCGCGACCGGCCGCGAGGCAACCGGGGGAGAGGGAGGGGUCGUGGUCGCGAUGAUCGAGGCCCUUGGGCGGGACAUGAGCGGGGCAGGCAGCCCAGCUCGUUCUCUGACGCCCAGGACGCGCCAGCGCCACGCCCGCUUUCCCCGACGUCGCUAGCUAUCGCUCGUGCUACGGGCCAGUAUGCUGACGGAACUGCAGUUGGUUCUGAUGCUCAAUCUCAGGCAAGCGGAUGGUCGCACCCGCAGUAUACUGCCGACCAGCAGUACAACUUCUCCUUCGGCUAUCAGAACCAGUAUGUCCAGCCACACAUCAACCCGAGGUUCGCAUCGAACUUCGGCAUGAAUUUCGGAUUUCAGCAGGGAAAUCAAUACAUGCCCUACGGAUAUAAUGGUGUGGGCUACAGCGGAGGAGGAAACCCUUCCUGGGAUCAGGAGUAUAGUAGAAAUACCGGUGCUCAGCGUCUCAAUAAUGGAGGUGGCAGCCCGAGAACAGAAGAGCCUACCGGUCCAUGA